AUGUUGGCAAUGUUCGAGAUGAGACACCAAGUACCUGCAGAAUCACCGCGAUCGGGAUUUGACAUUGGCACACUGACCUCCUCGGAUCUUAUUUUAUUCUCCGAGAAGAAGAAGGAGAAGCGUCAAUGCGGAGUGCUUCUCGCACGCACGCACGUGCAUACCUGGAAGCCAUUGAGUUGCCCCGAGCGUAAAGUUUUCUUCUGGACGACGAGGUUUAAGCUUCUAGCUUCACCGUGCCAAGAGGCGACUGGUUGGCUGUGUUUAUCUUUGACUGGGUGUCACCUUUCUUUCUUCCAGGAUGCAGCUCGUAAUGAUAAGGCAAGAAUCGUCAACUACAUGGCCUUGAAGAAUUGGUGGUAA